AUGGAACCUUUCGAGUACAAUGCCAACCCUGGCCGAGUGGUGUUCGGACCUGGGAGCAUUCAGAAACUCCCUGACGAAAUCCGACGACUUGAUCUGAAAUCUCCUCUCCUUCUCUCCACGCCCCAGCAAGUCAGCCAAGCGGAGGACCUGGCGAAGAUCUUGAAAAAUGCAUCCAUCGAACCAGCUGGCACAUAUACCAAUGCCACCAUGCACACCCCCUCACACAUUACCGAAGAAGCCAUGUCAUUCUUACGCGAACGAUCCGCAGACUGCGUCGUGUCGAUAGGAGGAGGCUCAACAAUAGGUCUGGGCAAGGCGAUAUCGAUCAGGACGGGCCUACCACACAUCUGCAUCCCCACAACAUACGCAGGAAGUGAAAUGACACCUAUAUUGGGUGAAACACAGGAUGGCCGCAAGACGACCCGGACAGACCCCAAAAUCCUUCCCGGCACAGUCAUUUACGACGUCAACCUCACCAUGACCCUCCCAGCCUCACUGAGUGCCACUUCGGGCGUCAACGCCAUCGCGCACGCCGUGGAGUCAUUGUACGCAAAGAACAAGAACCCCAUCAUAUCACUGCUAGCUCUCGAAGGUACCAAGGCCCUUGCAGAGUCGUUACCGGAGAUAAUCAAGGAUCCGCAAUCGCAACCCGCGCGCGAAAAAGCUCAAUAUGGUGCAUGGCUAUGUGGUGUGUGUCUCGGCUCGUCGUCAAUGGCAUUGCACCACAAGCUCUGCCACACCCUUGGCGGCUCUUUCAAGCUGCCACAUGCCGAAACGCACACCAUUGUGCUGCCCCAUGCAUUGUCCUACAAUGCACCCGCGAUCCCUGAUGCUAUGGCAAAACUCGCCUCGGUACUGCCCGGUAGCGAGGGCGAUGCCACCAAGGGCUUGAAUAUUCUUCUCGAGAAGCUCCAAGUCAAGCGUGCUCUGAAGGACUUUGGAAUGAAGGAAGAAGAUAUUGACAAGGCCGCGGACAUUGCGGUCAGCAAUCAGUAUCCUAACCCGAGGAAGAUCGAGAAGGGCCCGAUUCGAGAAUUGAUCCGCAGAGCUUGGGCUGGCGAACCUGCCAGGGCGGAUUUAUAG